AUGGCCCUGUGCAACGGCAGCGUGCCGGAGACGUGUGGCCCCGGGGAGCCCAACGCCACCGACCUGCUGACGGACGAGCACGCCCUCAUGCCGGUCACCCUGCGGGUGGCGCUGGCCGCCGUCAUGAUCUGCAUGAUCGCCAUCGGCUUCCUGGGGAACGCCAUCGUGUGCCUGAUCGUGUACCAGAAGCCCGCCAUGCGCUCGGCCAUCAACCUGCUCCUGGCCACCCUGGCCUUCUCCGACAUCAUGCUCUCCCUCCUCUGCAUGCCCUUCACCGCCGUCACCGUCGUGACGGUGGACUGGCGCUUCGGCGGCGACUUCUGCCGCGCCUCGGUCAUGCUGUACUGGCUCUUCGUCCUGGAGGGCGUGUCCAUCCUCCUCAUCAUCAGCGUGGACCGCUUCCUCAUCAUCGUGCAGCGGCAGGACAAGCUGACGCCGCACCGCGCCAAGGUGAUGAUCGCCGCGUCCUGGGCGCUCUCCUUCAGCGUGGCGCUGCCCUCGGUGGUGGGCUGCACGGUGGUGGAGGUGCCCACGCGGGCGCCGCAGUGCGUGCUGGGAUACAGCGAGUCGCUGGCUGACCGCGGCUACGCCGUGCUGCUGGCGGUGGCCGUCUUCUUCGUGCCGUUCGGCGUCAUGCUCUACUCCUACCUCUGCAUCCUGAACACGGUGCGGCGCAACGCGCUGCGCAUACACAACCACGCCGACAGCCUCUGCCUCAACCAGGUCAGCAAGCUGGGCCUCACGGGCCUGCAGCGGCCGCCGCAGGUCAACGUGGACAUGAGCUUCAAGACGCGCGCCUUCACCACCAUCCUCAUCCUCUUCAUCGGCUUCUCAGUGUGCUGGCUGCCGCACACGGUGGUCAGCCUGCUGGCCGUCUUCAGCCGCCGGUUCUACUUCAGCCCGGCCUUCUACCCGGUCAGCGUGGGCGCGCUCUGGCUCAGCUACCUGAAGACGGUCUUCAACCCCAUCAUCUACUGCUGGAGGAUCCGCAAGUUCCGCGAGGCCUGCCUGGAGUUCAUGCCCAAGACCUGCAGGAUCUUCCCCCGGGUCCCCGGGCGCAGCCGGAGGAGGGUCCGGCCCAGCAACAUCUACGUGUGCAGCGAGAUCCAGUCGGCCGUGUGAGCUGUCAUACGGCACACACCUGUGCUGUCACCUGUCAUAUCC